AUGCUUUCCAUCAGAUCUUUGGACAAAAUUGUUUUGAUAAUUGUCCUCUGCAAUUUACACACAGAGGCGAGACCAAUGAGAAAGAGGUCCAUCAGUGAGGUCCAGCUCAUGCACAACGUGGGAGUACACAAGCAGGUCGGGGAGAGACAAGACUGGCUUCAGCUGAAGUUAAAGGAUAUAAUUGCAGCCUCACACGCCAAAGCACAACAGCAUGGACAAUCAGGGAAGAUCCGGAGUCUGCUUCCUGAUGAUCUCACAGGACUGGGCCUGUAUACAAGUUAA